GCUCUUAGUGCCUCAGCCUGAGCUUCUUUUCCAGUAUACCAACAAUGUAAUGUCCUACGUCCAUAUGGUUCAGCCCUUUGGUCGAUGCUUGGAUUAGAGUCUACGGGUAAACCGCUAUGACUCGUUACAUGCUCGUAACGGCUCUUAGUGCCUCAGCCUGAGCCUCUUUUCCAGAAUAUUAUGUUGUGGCACAAAAAAAUUCUGUUUACGUUGCAAUUAUCCAAGGAAAUCGAAAUUUAAUCCCUUGUGUUUCAUGUUUAACGAUAAUCUUUCUAGAUAUGAAUUUUGAUCGUUAUAUUGAAGAAUACAUAAAUGGUUCUGAAACUGCCGACUGGGAGCAUUUUAAACUGCCUUAAUUGCCUCAAAGAUAAUGACGAUUUGAUGUUCACUUCCGACAGCAAACAAGAUAUUUUAUAUGCACUUAUAAAAACUUUCAAAAAGGUUAGUGAUUCCUCUAUCGUAAAGAAUGGAGUAAAGAGAAAGGCGAAAAAAAUAUUUGAUAGUAUCGAAGACACGUUUGAAAGAAGAGAAAUUGGCGAAUUUUUUGAACAAUUGGACCAUGAAUUUGAUAUAAGGAAAACCGACCGGGAAGUGCAUAAAAACGUACAUAUAGCAAAAGUAUUGAUUGCAGAGAAAGCAACAACACGAUUAGGAGAGACAUUGGACAUUCAAGAACAAAGAAGUAAUAAAAAGAGGAAGAUUGAAGAGAAUGCUGAAGUGGUUAACAUAUCUGAGAAGAGGGAUAGUCCGUAUGAUGAAGGUGUAUCAGGUGAUGAAGAACGAAAACAAACAAAACAAACUCGUUUCCAGCUUCAGCCACCAAAAAAGAAAACGUCACCAGGAAAAAGGGGGGACACAUUACCUGAUGGUACCAGACUUGAGAAGGCGACACCCCUAAAUCUGUUACCAUCGGAUGAUGAAGAUGACAAUGACGAUUUCUCCCAAGAUGAUGAUGAUUAUUCCUCCCAUGAUUAUAAUAGCGAUGAAGAAGAUGUACCUGCUCCAGAAGAAGCUCUUGAUUCCGUCCUUGACAAUAAAAAACCCUGGACUUUACCCUCGGGGAAAGAUUUUAAUGAUAUUGUUGCUAAGAACAUGUCCGCGAACGCGAAAGCAACUAAAAGAAAGAAGAGACUAUCGGCCGUUGAGAAAGCCAUACUACGCUACGGAGCGUCGCAGAUAAUCGACUUAUCUGCGCAAAUGAGGAAAUGGUUCUCGAUCGAGGAUAGAGAUUUCAUAAUGAAAGAUUAUGAAGCUUUGUUACAAGUUUCCGAGAUGCCCGACGAAGAAUGUUCGUUUGUCAAAAUAGUUGAGGAUAUGGUGCUUAAAGGGCAAAUAGACGAGGCUUAUAAACUCUGUACGGAAAAGCAUCUUAGCUCUGAAAAAAGUAGCUACAUCUACAAAAUCACCAAAAUUUAUGCUGAUUUCAUUUAUAAAAGCAAAGACCAAGCUGACAUCUUGGAUUACAAUGCGAAGAAUACACAUACGGAGAUUGAUGUUAUUUUAAAAACCUGUGCGUACAUUGUGGAAGGAUUAAACAAGAAUUAUCAAAUAUAUUCAAAAUGGGGCGAAUCAUUUUGUUCGCUAAGCAGGAGUGUAGAUCAUCUUAAGGGACGUAAAUGUGACGUGCGUUUUUUGUCAAUGUCGGGAAUUGAUGUUGGGGAAUGGGAAUUUUCGGCCUACACCACAGCAUCUAAAGCCAUCAGUGACCGCUGUCGUUCAGCACGUAUUAAUCAAUCCAUUUUAAAUGGAUUAUUAGAAUAUCAACUCAACGAUGAACAGGCUAAGGCCAUUCAAGUGCCUUUCCUGCAGUUUUCCGGCACAAGCGGGCAAAUGUUGGUUGAGAAUUUAGUAGAAGGAUUUUAUCUCGUUUUUCCGGGACCCAAAUUUGAGCUUCCUACGAACCUACAAAGUAUUAAAAAACUCAAAAUGUCUAUGAAUGUUAUCAAAUCAGUAUUGGAAAUGUAUAAUAAAACAUGCGAAAUAAUAAUAAAUCUAGAAACUAUGCAUCACGCAUUUGACGAUAUUUUUGAUGAUCUUGAUACUUCCAAACCCACUGCUCAUUUUAAAUCAAAGCAAAUUCGUAAACCUUGGUGGACUCCCAAAAGCAAAAAGUCAUAAAUAAAGCCACUAAAAAAAAUUCUGAUUUUAUUUUUUAUCAGUCAUGUACAAUAACUCAUUGGUUUAUGUGUAUGCUUAUCAAUAAAAAAAAAUAAUAAAGUAAAAUUAAUAAAG